GCAGUCACUUUUAAUUCUUUAACUCGGCAGUUGAUAACUAAAGUUGAAUUAUCUAACAAAAUGAUGUUGAAAUUCUUGAUUGUUGCAAUUGUCUUGACAGUGCUUCUCCAAGAUGUGUGCCCGUGGAUGUAUGCUCGCUACCCAAAGAUAUUGGCCCAUGCGAUGCUGUAUUCCCCAGUUGGUAUUACAACGGAAAUGCAUGUGAAAUGUUCGACUAUGGUGGCUGUGAUGGAAACGAUAAUAGAUUCGAAACCGAAGCUGAAUGCCAACGUGUUUGCUCACGUAUGCUCGCUACCCAAAGAUAUUGGCCCAUGCGAUGCUGUAUUCCCCAGUUGGUAUUACAACGGAAAUGCAUGUGAAAUGUUCGACUAUGGUGGCUGUGAAGGAAACGAUAAUAGAUUCGAAACCGAAGCUGAAUGCCAACGUGUUUGCUCACGGUAACUUUGAAACUAUUUAAAAGUUAUCGAAAUAAAUUUGGUAGU